AUGCCGGACAAGCCAAAAACGUUCUUUACGCCUGGCCAAAGAGACCAGAUGACCAAACAAGGCAACAGCUCCAAGGAGGAGCGGGAAAAGAAGGCGGCAGAAAGGAAGGAGAAGGCCAAUACAGAGAUAAGGACAGCAGCCGGCAAUGACUCGAGGGAGAGGCGCGGCAAAGACAAAACGGAGAUCAUUGACCUAUAUGCGAACAGCAAGGGAGGGAAGAAAUAG